UUGAAUACAAACAUAUACCCAUGUUCCAUUUCUUCUUCAAAUUCAAUCAUCCUCUUUUUCUUCAACAAAAUUCACCUAAAAACCCUAUAAAUUCAUAAAAAGAUUCAAUUUUGACAAACACCCAAUUCACAACAAUGUCAAUAAACCUCAAAUCACCAGUUUUUGCAGGCAAUCCAAUAAGAUCAAAAACCCCCAAAUCAACCGACCCAUUUUCACCGACACCGGCCUUUGAAACCCUAAAGAUUUUAAUUUCAAACCAAACCCACAUCCAAGAUUCAUCUUCUUUAACUUUCAAGAUCUUACCUUUCAGAAAGGGGCGACCUUUAGCUAGAUCAACAGGUGAUUUGGUGAAAAAAUGGCAUCUGGGUUGGUUGAGUUUUGAUGAAUUUAAGGAUGUUUUGGAAGGGUCAGAGGUUGUUUUGAGUGAAGAUUUGUUGGUUUAUUUGGGGUAUGAAAAUGAGGGAGAUGAAAAGACUCAAAAGAGUGUUGUGUAUUGGGGGGUUGAUGUGAGUUUAGGGGAUAGUUUGGUGCAGAAGUUUGGUGGUCAACAGCUUUGUUUUGUGCAGUUGACUACUUUGAUGGUGGCUACUGAUUGGGCUGAUGAGAAGACUAUGGGUCAACUUGCAAUUGCUGGUCAUGCAAGAGCGCUACUAGAAUGGCAUAGUACAUCUCGGUUUUGUGGAUCGUGUGGUGAAAAGUUAAUUCCCAUUGAAGCUGGUAGAAGAAAGCAAUGUAUAAACACAUCCUGCAAAAAGAGAAUAUACCCGCGAGUUGAUCCAGUUGUAAUUAUGUUGGUCAUCGAUAAAGAGAACGACCGUGUACUUCUUAGUAAACAGUCAAGAUUUGUGCCUAGAAUGUGGAGUUGCCUUUCGGGUUUUAUUGAGCCCGGAGAAAGCUUGGAAGAGGCGGUGAGGAGAGAAACAUGGGAGGAAACCGGCAUUGAAGUUGGUGAAGUUGUUUAUCAUAGUUCUCAACCAUGGCCUGUUGGAAGUAGUAGCAUGCCAUGCCAGCUAAUGGUAGGAUUUUUAGCAUACGCCACAUCAGUCGAUAUAAACGUGGACAAGAAAGAAUUAGAAGAUGCGGAAUGGCAUAGUAGAGAAGACGUGAAGAGAGCGUUGACUAUGACCGAAUAUGGAAAAGCACAAAAGACAGCUGCAUCAAAGGUUGACCAAAUCUGCAAAGGGGUUGAAAAGGGUCAAAAUCUUGCUGCGGAUUUUGGUGUUGAAAGUGGAGAGCUUCUGACCAUGUUUGUUCCUGGGCCUUUCGCAAUCGCUCAUCAUCUCAUUUCAUCAUGGGCUCAUCAGGUUUAAUCAACUUGAUGUUUCCGAGCGUGUUCUAUUGGAGUACGAGUUGAUCCCUAUGUGACCGAUAUAGAGCUCAUAAAGUUCCCUUACGUUAUGCUAUGUCCAGUUUUUUUACUUGUAAACUUUAUGUUAAAGUUGUAUAUGAAAGAACUUAAAACAUGUAAUCCUUAUUGUUCUUUUCAGUCACAGAAAAAAUGAAAAUGCACACACAAGGUGCAAUACUGCAA